ACGCGCAAGAAGAGAAAUCCGGCAUUGACGCGGCGUUGAGUCACCCCGUGACUAGCUCCCGCUGAGCACCGCGCCGGGAACCAGCACCCCAAGGAUGGUUGUGAGGAGCAAACGGGGCGUUGAACCCCACGAGGACGAGCGUCACCACUUCCAUCUCCUGGAGAAGGAAGUAGCUGGCCCUCAUCUCCAGAAGGGAAGAGGCUUGGGAGAUCCCGCUCCGCGCCUCGUUCCCCCUGCUCCCCCCACAGCGGCCUCGCUGCUCUUCGGGCCAUCAACAACUCUGAGGAACAUCACACCAAGCGUGGGCCCAGACUUGGCAGAUGGGGCAGGAACCGGUCCCGCUCCCGGAGAGGAGGCCGGCGCCCAGCCCGCACCUGGAGCCGUGCUGGCGGUCCUGGAGCGCCUCGUCGAGGUAGGCCACCACGCCGAGGAGGACGGCCUGCACGCAGAGCUUGCUGGGCUUCUGGAGGAGCGCGCGGUCGCAGUGCCGGCAGGCGCGCAGCAGCUGCCGGAAGCUGAGGACGGGGAAGGGCCACGCGCGCACCAGGUCGUGCAGCACCAGCGUCCGGCCGUCCAGGAAGGCGGCCUUGAAGAGCACGGCGUAGAGCUCCCGGGGCAGGAGGUCCAGGGCGGCGCGGGCGGCCGCGUGGUGGCUCGCCAGCUUGCGGGCGCAGAGGAAGACGAGGGAGUGCAUGGCGGCUCGGCUGCGAGGGAGCAGCGCCUCCAGGCGAGGAGCCCCUCGCGCUGGGCCGAGCCGCUCCGCUCCCCCGGCGCCAUGGACCGCUGCCGGGAGGUCAAGGUCCUGCUGAAGCGGUGGGAGGCGGCGUUCCUGCGGGAGCAUCGGAGGAAACCAACCCAGACCGACAUCGAGGAGGCUCCGGAGGACACCAGAAAGCUCUACAAAGAAUAUAAAAUGCUGAAGCAACGCAGAGAGCAAUCAGAUCUUCCCCGGUCCAGCCCGCUCUGCCAGCCGCCAGCUAAGGAAACCCCGGCCGUGGAGCAGGUGCCGGACUCUGGUUGUUGGGGGACACAUCUGAACCGGCAGCCGAAGGCCCCCGGACUGAGCCCCCGCGUCCAGGACGCGCUGAAAGCCUCUGCGCAGUACUUCGGGAUGAAGCUGAAGUCGAACCUCGGGGCGGCCGUAAAGGAGAGGCCUCCGGCCCUGAGGAGGACCCUGACUCCGAGGAGGAAACCGGCUGUGCCCAAGCUGGAGAAGAGUUUGGAGAGCAGUGACAAGGGCCCGUCCCCAAACCUGGCGCUCGGGGAGGCUUUGAAGAGCAGUGCAGGAGGGGGAGCAGAUCGAGGUGAACUGGAAGAUCCCCUCCUCCCUCCCUCGGUAUCGGGGCUGGCCCCUAUCGUCCUCUCUGCCGGGGUGAAGCCCAGGCCGCAGGUGAACAAAUUCCAGCAGCUGAAGCAGACGGUGGCCCGGCGAUUGGGCUCCCUGGAUCCCGGCUGGCUGCAGAGGUGCCAGGGGGUGCCCGGACGCGAAGAGGCGAUGACGGGAGAAGAGAGCGUCUCUACCCCGAACAGCGAGGACCCAGAGCAGGGAGAACGAGGCCCUGCCUCGCAGCGGGACUCGCGCGUCCCUUCUCUCAACCCAGACAGUUGCACUGAAGCUCAGUGCCUGGAAGGGGGGAAUAUUCCCCCCCUGGAGAACUGUUUGCCGGAGAGCUGGAAGCAGGAGAAAAGGCGCGAGCCCUCGAAGGAGGGAGAACAUCGUGGCACAGUGCUGGAGAGCGGUGAGCCGACCGCCCCUGGGGGCGAUGAGCACCAAGCAGGAGGGCAGGGCAAGCAGGCUGGAAAAGGGAAGAGCGAUGGCCUGAGCUUGGCGCUUGAGGGCGGCCUGGGAUCGGCGAUCAAAGGGUGCGCAGGUAAAUCGGAAAGCGUCUCCGAAGUCGCCACUCAGGAGGGAGAGCGGGAAGAGGUUGGCAGGGCUCCCCCGGAGCAGGAAGGGGCCGUUGGCCAAACGGAGGAUGGACCCGCUCGGUCCAAGAAGGUCAGAGCCUCCAGGAGGAAGAGGCAACGAGAUGCUGGAGAAGACGGCGGGGCGGCCGGUCCGGGAGACAGCGCAGCUCCCGCGAAGCUCCGGCGGACGGCCAGGGCGGCGACAGGCUGCCGGGGCUCAGCUCGGAGAGCCAGCGGUGCCGUCAGCAGGCCGAAGCAGAGCGAAUACGACUGGGAAGGAGAGGACGAGGAACGCGCGGCAGCCCACGAGGAGGAAGGGAAGGAGGUGUCAGCACCCUCUGAAAACCUCUUGGGAGAGGCUGAGGACGACGGCAAGCCCAGACGCACCAGCAGACCCGUCGCUGCCAGGGCACCUCUGCGGAAAGAGGGCAACUUCGUCAAGCUUAACCUCAAGAAGAAAUCUCACGUUAGAGGUUACGUGUUGAAAGGAAAUCGCCUCCGCAAACAGGUGUGGAAGCAGAAGUGGCAGAAGAAAGGAGAGCAUUUUGGAGGAGGCAGCAGGUCCCUUGACAGAAGCUCGGACGUCUGCUUCAGAUGUGGCGGGACGGGGCACUGGGCGUCCGCGUGCAAGGGCCGAGGCCCAGCUGCUGCUAAUCCACUGCUGGAGGAGACCGGCCACGCGGCCGAAGAGGAGGCUCCCUUGCCCACGUUGGAAGAAGUGGCCCGGAUGACCAACACUGUGUACCGAGAGCUCUCCGCAGAGAGCAGAAGCAGCAGCCAGGAGGGGCACGAGGAGGUCUCGGAGGAGGCACCUUACCUGGAUGUGCAGAGGCCGGCGUAUGAGCCACCCGCUCCGCCGGCCCCCAUGGAGCCCCUUUACGGCCUGGGGCCAGACGGGAAGGUGGGAGAGACCCCCGAGGAGGUGUUUCAGGCUCUGUCGGAGCUGGGGUACAGCUCCUUCCGCCCAGGCCAGGAGGUGGCUGUCAUGAGGAUCCUCUCAGGCCUGUCCACGCUGGUCGUGCUGUCGACGGGGAUGGGGAAGUCCCUGUGCUACCAGCUCCCCGCCUACCUCUACCACAAGCGCUCCAAGUGCGUCACCUUGGUCGUCUCCCCGCUGGUGUCGCUGAUGGACGACCAGGUUUCGGGGCUGCCGCCGCGCCUGAAGGCUGUCUGCAUCCACUCCAACAUGAGCAAGGCGCAGCGGGAGGCGGCUGUGGAGAAGGUGAGGAAGGGCAAGGUGCACGUGCUGCUGCUGUCCCCCGAGGCCCUGGUGGGCGGAGGCGGCUCGGGGUCCAGCUGCCUGCCCUCCGCCGACCAGCUCCCCGCCGUGGCCUUCGCCUGCAUCGACGAGGCUCACUGCGUCUCCGAGUGGUCCCACAACUUCCGCCCGUGCUACCUGCGGCUCUGCAAGGUCCUCCGGGAUCGCCUGGGCGUGCGCUGCUUCCUGGGCCUCACAGCUACUGCCACCCUGGCCACGGCACAGGACGUGGCCCAGCACCUCGGGAUGCAGGAGGGCGAGGGAAUAGCCGUGCGCUCUGCCGCCGUGCCUCCGAACCUGCGCCUCUCUGUCUCGAUGGACAGGGAUAGAGAUCAGGCCCUGAUCUCCCUGCUGCGGGGGGAGCGGUUUGGGUGCCUGGACUCCAUAAUCGUGUACUGCACGCGCCGGGAGGAGACGGCUCGCAUCGCGGCGCUCAUCCGCACGUGCCUCCAAGGAACGGUGCUCAGGGAGUCCGCGGCAGCCGGGGAGCCAGGGCAGGAUGACAGCUCUGGGGAAAGGAAGAAAGCAAAGGCGAAGAAGAGCAUCCGCCGCCCUCUCAAGUGGGUCGCCGAUGCCUACCACGCUGGCUUGUCCGCUGCCGAGCGCCGCCGCGUCCAGAACAACUUCAUGUGUGGCCAGCUCCGAGUGGUGGUGGCCACGGUGGCCUUCGGCAUGGGGCUGGACAAGUCGGACGUGCGCGGCAUCGUGCACUACAACAUGCCCAAGAACUUUGAGAGCUACGUGCAGGAGAUCGGCCGGGCUGGGCGGGACGGCGAGCCGGCCCACUGCCACCUCUUCUUGGACCCGGAGGGCGGGGAUCUCCACGAACUGAGGCGACACAUCUACGGCGACACUGUGGACUUUUUCACCAUCAAGAAGCUAGUGCAGAAAGUUUUCUCUCGCUGCAAGUGCCUGGAGCUUCAUCGGAAACAGCAGGACGUCGCCGGGGUGAGGAAGGGGCCUCCCGCCUCGCUGGCCCUCCAGGGCGGGGAGGUGGACGAUGCCGAAAUGGCCGAGCUCUCGGAGGAGCAGGACGCCGGCGCGGCUCCGCGGGCCGCGGGGCAGAGCGCGGAGCAGCAGCAGCGGGUGUGUUACAAGCACGAGCGGGCCAUCCCCAUCCAGCAAACCGUGGAGUCUCUGGACGUCCGCGAGGAAGGUAUCGAGACGCUGCUGUGCUAUCUGGAGCUGCACCCGCGGCGCUGGCUCAAGCUGCUGCCCCCCACCUACUCCUCCUGCCGCGUGCUGUGCUACGGGGGCCCCCAGCAGCUCAGGGCCGCGGCGAGGAGCUCUCCCCCCAUCGCCGUGUUCCUGGCCCGCGAGCGCCUGGCGGGGAGGGACCACGGCCGCGCCAGCUCCGUGGAGUUCGACGUGGUCUCGCUGAGCGACUCCAUGGGCUGGGAGGUGACGCUCGUGAAGCGAGCCCUGCGCCAGCUCCAGUGGGACCCGCGGCUGCAGCAAGGCGGCCGCGGCACCGGGAAAAGCGGCGUCCUGGUGGAGUUCGGAGACCUCUCCUUCCACCUGCGCGCCUACGGUGACCUCGCAGACCAGGAGCUGGACUCCGUGUGCGACUUCCUCCACCAAAGGGUGGUGGCCCGGGAGAAGAUGGCUCUCGGCCAGCUCCGCGCCUGCUUCCAGGCCUUCCAGAGCGUGGCCUUCCGGACCUGUGACCCACAUCCCGAGCAUGCGGAGGAGGAGAGGAGCUCCCGCCUGAAGGCCCUGCUCAGGGACUACUUUGAGGAGAAACCCUCCGGAGAGCAGGCCGAGCCUGGCCGCGAGAGCGAUACCGAGGAAGAGGCCCUCAGCGAUGCCAAGCUCCGCGACUGGGAGAGCCAGAUCCGUUCGGACAUCCGGCACUUCCUCGCCAUCCGCCAGGACGAGAAGUUCUCCGGCAGAGCCAUCGCCAGGAUAUUUCACGGCAUCGCUCGGGGGCUGCUCGAUGCAUCAGCUCGGCCUUCCUUCGCCGCCUGCUCGCGGGGGCGACGGUCCCGGGCGCUGAAUGCGGGGGCUUCUCUCCGCGCAGGCAGCCCCUGCUACCCGGCGCAGGUCUACGGGCGCGACCGCCGCUUCUGGAGGAAAUACCUCCAUUUCGACUUCAAUAAACUCGCGCGCCUGGCCACGGAGGAGAUCCUCGGGAGCAGGUGAGGGCGCGGCGACGGACUGCAUCGCCCGCGGGACUGCGUCCGCCCGGAGCGGCCCACUCCUCUUCGCGCGCCGGAGGAAGGCAACCCUAGAUCCGCAGCCUGUGCGCGCCUGAUCGCUGGGGGGAGGGACCACCUCUUUGCCCCCUCUGUGAGGGAAAGGGGAGGAAGCAGGGUGCCGGCUGCAGCAGGGCUCGCUCCUGCCGCGGUGUGGGGCCGCCUGGACCCCUUUCCCUUCUCGCCUUCACCCCAGGAAGGGGCUGCCGGCGGUUUUGUACCCCAGCCGCCCCUGGUGCCUCAUGGUGAGCAGGGAUGGGGGGUGGCUGGCCCCCCUCGGCCCCUGGGGCCGCGGCUGCCCCCAGCGCUGCAUCUGGUUUUAUCAAGAAACGAAUAAACUGGGUAAAUGGC